AUGGAGUCCAUCAAGGAGGCACAAACAUUUCUCUCCUCUCAAUUUUACAUGAAAGACAUGGGUGAGUUGAGAUACUUCAUUGGAAUUGAGGUUGACAAACCCAAGGAAGGUACUUUUAUCUCUCAGGAGAAGUAUGUGAUGGAUCUCUUCACUGAGUAUGGUCCACAAGGGUGUAAACCUUUAAAACUGCCAAUGGACAGUCAUGUAUCUCUCACUCCAGAAGCUGGUGAUCCUCUACCUCACCCUAAACCAUAUCAAAAACUAGUAGGGAAGCUAAUCUAUCUUACUAUAACUAGACCAGACAUUGCAUUCAUUGUACAUGUCCUUAGCAAGUUUAUGCAUUCCCCUACUUCAGCUCACCUUCAAGCAGCUAAAAGGUUGCUAAGGUACCUAUCUUCCUCUCCUGAUCAGGGUAUACUCCUAGCCAACACAUAUGUUGCUACUCUAACUGCAUACGGUGAUAAUGAUUGGGCUGGGUGUCCAUCCACAAGAAGAUCCACUUCUGGUUUCUGCAUUCUCCUUGGUCAAUCUACCAUCUCUUGGAAGUCUAAAAGGCAAUUUGUGGUGUCCAGAUCCUCUGCAGAAGCAGAAUACAGGUCCAUGCCCAUCACUAAACAACUUCUCAAAGACCUUGGUCUCACAAAUCUUGGUACCACUCCACUGUUCUGUGACAACCAAGCUGCCUUAGCCAUUGCUGCAAACCCUGUUCACCAUGAGAGAACUAAACAUGUGGACAUAGAUUGUCAUUUCAUCAAAGACAAAACUACAUAUGGUGUUAUUUCUCCAACUCAUGUUCCCUCUAAACACCAGAUAGCUGAUGUCUUCACAAAACUUCUGAGUUCUGCUCAACACAAGCACCUUCUUUCCAAGCUGGGAGUGUGCUCAUCAUCAUCACUCUCAGCUUGA